AUGUCGAAGGUAUUCAAGAAGGAAGUGUUGUCCUACAACACGAAUUUGACGGCUGAGAUCGAGACAGAUGUGAACGAGAACCCCAGAGCCAGAGUGCAUUCUGUCGAAUGGCGAAAGAUCAUGGAAGGCGAGCCAGUCGAAAUCAAUCCAUCAAUAGGUCACGGCUACAAAAUCAUGACUGUCGAGGAAUGGGCAGGGCGGUGGAAGCGUAACGACGAUUUCUCAGAAUGCCUGAACUGCAACAGCAAGAACACCAAAGAACACCAUUUCACACAGACCUGGUGCAGGGGUAAGAAAACAUGGGAGAGCGAGUUGCUGUGCAUGGACUGUCACAGUUUCACGUGGAGGUCGUACAGGGACCCGGACUUUAAGUUGCCAGAGGAGUAUGAAAGGGAGAAGUGGGCAGCCAUGGUUGCUGGGCAGGCCAUCCCAGUUUGA